AUGUUUUCAGGCAUUGGAAGACUGAAAAGAAUUGAGGCAGAAGCUUCACGCAUCAAUGGGCCUUCUUUUGAGGCAGAAGGAGAGCUAGAUAGGCCAUCUCUCAUCGCACUCUCUAUCAUGAAGAGGCUAGCUGAUGCUCCUCCCAUGGUAUGCGAACACUGGAAAAAGAUGUCAAUGGUGUUAAGCAACACUCCCUCUGACUUUCAUACCAUAAGCACGCUGGCAAAGUGGCUGGAAUAUUGCCUGCGACAAGAAGAGAUGCAUUGGAGCAAUGUCGACUCAUUUGGAAACGGCUUGACACUGGAAAAGUUAUCAGCUAUGGAUUUCAAUGAAAUACUCGAUAGCAUAUGCAUCCUAUCAGGAAUAGAUGCAGGAGACAAACACCCAAUUGAAGCAAUGCAAGAGUCAUUCAUGGAGUUCGCUAUCGAUUGUAUGGCAUUGCAGAGUAUGCAGGAGAGGCUGAAAGACAGCUUUUUGGGACGUCCCAUUCAGCGUGGAGGUCCCACUACUCUAGAGAAGUUUGGACAGAGAUGGCAGUCUGUCAUUGAAGAGUUAGGACUAGGAAAAAUGGGGGCACCGAUGAGAGUAUAUCUGGGGAUGCUGGGAGAAUGUCUUGACCCGAUGACAGAAGAUUCUUGCCUACACAUUGAAGCAUCUACUUCCGAAGGUGCUGGAUCCAAUGACGCUGGUUCAAAAGACGCUGAUUCAGAAAACGAUGAAUCCGUAAACGACGAUUGCGAAAACUAUGGUUCCAGAGACGACAAUUUCGAAAAUGCUGGCUCUGAUGAUUAUAACUCUAGAGCUUCUGACACCAAUGCUCAAGAGUCACUCUCUUCACUAUCAUCGCUUUCUUCUCUAGAUUUUUAA